AUGGGGCUAUCUGUUCUACUAAUACAGGUCGAUCCCAUGGAUCGGCCUUUUCAUCCGGUCCAUGGGUUCUUCACCGGGCUAAUUGCCAGAAGGGUCGAUCUCGCGGCUCUCUCUUUCGACGACGUGGCGCACGAAGCCGCACUUGUCUUGUUUCAAGCACAGAAGUCAAUCAGCCUGCUGAACAAAGUCAUUUUUGGGGAAAGGGGGAGGGGGAGGAACUUCAAGCCACGUUCACGCAAGAAACCAGGCCAUCGCUCUCUCGGCCAAUCUCGAUUUCGUGAAGAGACGAGGCCGGAAUCCCCCACGAGGUCUUUUCAAUGGGUUCUCCGGCGUGGCCGCCACGGAAUUCCCGGAUACCAACCCCAAAAUCCCGGCCGUCUUUUAUCUGGUGCUUGUUUCGGUGGCGUGGUGGAGGCGUUCCCUUUGAACAUUCCGGCCCCGGAAAUCUCUUAUCCCCACGAAUGCCUCACAAUACCAUCCUUUCCGGCACGCGAGUUUUGGGAAUAUCUGGUAAAAAGACAUGACCGCGGCGGAGAGUCAGGCAGAGGAAACUAUGCUGAGGACACAAAGGCGGCGCUUCAAAGUUGGGAUGGAAGUGUUAUGCUCCAGACUGCAUUCUCCCUCCUCCACGUCGCCAUCUGCGGGUUAUCUAUUGCCUGA